AUGGACCUUGUGACUGGCUAUGACGUGGCAUUCCACGGCACCAAGUAUCAACACCCGGCCUCGCUCUCGGCGAUCUCCGCCCAUCUCGGCAACAUGAUGGUGACCGUACAAGCAUCAUCCUCGCGCGCAGGUCCAUCGGCACCUCGAUCGCUCUCUGGGUCAAGGGACAAGCAGCGGUCUGGGUCACUGACAAAGCCCCUGACCCCUCGGAGCAGCAACGGUCAAGCCGGCUCAUCUACUUCGGAGGCACGCAAGAUGCCUGCCUCCGAGAUGAAGCGGGCCAAACCCACGUUCACGACUUGCCGGACGUAUCCCGAGAAUGCGCCCGCUCCGGUUGAGCUGGAACCUGGAGCGGAGCUACAGCGCAAUCAGCGCCGCUCCAAGGUGCAAGCCAUCUCCAAGUUGGAUCGAGCGGGCACUCCGCUCUCCUCUUCGGCUGCAGGGCCAUCUGGUACCUCGUUCCUCCCCAGCAAGGGCUCUGCUGGGCCUAGCGAUUCCGCCCCCGGACCAUCGCGUAAUCCUCUGCACCGCCCACCCAUCAUCAAUCCCCCUUUCAAACUCGCCGACGUCAGGACUCAAGCUCCGCGGCAUCCCGAGCCUCGGUCUGGCUCUCGCCCGUUCAACCUCCCCGAAUGCCCCGUCUUCUACCCCACCCCCGCGGAAUUCAGCGAUCCACUAGCGUACAUCGCCGCUUUGCCUCUAUCAGCCAAAGAGGCGGGCAUUUGCAAGGUCGUUCCUCCCAUAGGCUGGCGGAUGCCUUUCUCGAUCGACCAAGAGACCUUCCGCUUCAAGACUCGGCUACAGCGGCUCAACUCGCUCGAAGCUACCAGUCGGGCGAAACUCAACUUUCUCGAACAGUUGACCAUGUUCCACCUCCAACAGGGGGACUCGAAAGUCACCAUCCCGCUCAUAGAUCGGAAACCGCUCGAUCUGUGGCGGCUCAGGAAGGAGGUGACCAAGAUGGGCGGAUAUGAGGAUGUGCAAGCGAGCGAUUCGUGGCGCAAGGUGGCGGAGGUCAUGGGGCACGAUGCGGGAUGGGGACCGCAACUCGGGCUCGCGUACAAGCGCAUCGUCUAUCCCUUCGACACCUUGUCAAUCCGCGCAAAGACCGCUUCCCUCUCUCCCCUCACCCCUCUGCCAGCCAGCAAAGCCCAAAAGCCACCAGGCUGGACGGAAGCGACCCCAGGCUCGCCUACUCGGUCAGGUCGGAUGGGCGUGUCGGCGGGUAGGAUGGGCGCCGUCAAAAAGCGGAAAUCCAACUCGCCUCAACCAGCAGCCGCUCCUACCCUCCCAAUCCCUACUGGCCUGGACCUCAGCGGAUCGCUAGCAAUACAUCCUACCUCAUCCCCUCAGCCAGGUUCCGGGCCAGACUCGGCCGGCCUAAACGGGAAGAUGAGGAUACCGGGCUUCUCCUCAAACAAGGAGGAUUCCGAGAGCGAGUUGAGUGAUGACGAUAGUCUCACUCCGCCUCCGCCUGAUAUGCCGGAGCAGUAUCAGAAGGGCGAGGUGUGCGAGGUAUGCCGGAAGGGGAACUUUGCGGAGAAAAUCCUGCUCUGCGAUGGUUGCGACCGAGGUUUCCACAUUUUCUGUCUAGAUCCCCCUCUUGCCUCCGUCCCCGCCAACGAAGAAUGGUUCUGCACCCCAUGUCUACUCUCUCAGGGAGACGACUACGGCUUCGAAGAAGGAGAGGAGCAUUCGAUGGCGUCUUUUUCUGCUCGCGAUGCCGCCUUCUCCGGCGCGUGGUGGAGCAAGCAUCGUCCAUCCUCUUCGACCAACGGUCCAGCUACACCUCGUUCCGGAUCGGGGACCGGUAGCGGAAACGGCAGCGCCUCGCCCACAGGCAAGCGGCACACCAUGCCAGAUCCGCUGGCGAGGACAUUCGGGCGGACAGUGGUGUCAGAGGACGAUGUGGAGCGGGAGUUCUGGCGGUUGACGGAGAGCAAUUCGGAUACGGUCGAGGUGGAGUACGGGGCGGAUGUCCACUCGACAACACAUGGAAGCGCCGCUCCAACGCUGGAAACACAUCCACUCGACCCAUAUGCCAAGGACGGCUGGAACCUGAACAACAUGCCUAUACUACAGGAGUCGCUGCUCCGGUAUAUCAAGUCGGACAUCUCGGGAAUGACCGUCCCGUGGAUCUACAUCGGCAUGAUGUUCUCUACAUUCUGCUGGCAUAACGAGGAUCACUACACGUAUUCCAUCAACUACAUGUACUGGGGCGAGACCAAGACAUGGUACGGUAUCCCCGGAGCGGAUGCCGAGAAGUUCGAAACCGCCAUCAAGGCUGAGGCACCCGAGCUGUUUGAGCAGCAGCCAAGUCUGCUGUACCAGCUCGUGACGAUGAUGAACCCCGGCAAGCUGGUGGAGCAGGACGUGCGGGUCUUGGCGUGUGACCAGCGGCCGAACGAGUUUGUCAUUACGUUCCCGAAGGCGUAUCACUGCGGAUUCAAUCACGGCAUCAACUUCAAUGAAGCGGUCAACUUUGCGCUUCCGGACUGGCUACCCGAGGGGAAGGAAUCGGUCGUCACGUAUCGGAAGCACGCCAAGCCGCCCGUCUUCUCACACCACGAGCUCUUGAUCAGCAUCACACUGUACUCUGAUACUAUCAAGACCGCAUUAUGGGUCCGAAACAGCCUCGCUAAAAUGGUGGCCGAAGAGACAGCCCAACGAGAAUCCAUCCGCAAGGACGUUCCCCUGCUUCAGGAGAUCCUCGUUGAGGAAGACUGCCCAGAAGAGCAAUACCAAUGCUGCAUCUGCAAAGGCUUCUGCUACCUCUCGCAAAUCACCUGCACCUGUACCAAGCUCGUCGCCUGCAUCGACCACGCCGACUCGCUCUGUCGCUGCGCCAAGACCAAGCGGGUCCUCCGGAAACGAUACUCGGAGGCGCAGCUCGAGGAGAUCUUGGCAGAUGUGCAGGCCCGAGCCGCUAUCCCCGGUCUCUGGCGGGAACGGUUCAUGCAGGUCGUAUCGGUUCCUCGACCGCCGCUGAAGAGUCUGCGAGGACUCUUGGCGGACGGAGAGAGGAUAGCGUACCCCAUCCCCGAGGUGGAUCACCUGCGGGCGGUAGUCAUACGGGCGAAUGCAUGGGUCGAGAAGGUCACUACCCUCGCUACACGCAAGGCGGGAGGGAGGAGGCGGAAGGGACAGCACGCAUCGGACGAGGAGGAGGUCGAUCGGUCGCCCGAGCAUCUCGCCGCUCUCCUCUCCGAGGCGGACCGACUCGCAUUCGAUGCGCCGGAAGUGCUUCAUCUCCGUCACAUGCUGCACUCGAUCAACUCCUUCCAGUCCGAAGCCAACUUCAUCCUCUCUCGGCCCGCAGCGGAGCUCGACUAUGAGCGGUGCCAGAGUACUCUCAUCCUGGGCCAGGGACUACAAAUCGACCUGCCGGAGAUCGCCGAGGUAGAGCAGGUGGUCAAGCGGCUGGACUGGUACAGGAAGGUGGAGAAUGAGGUGGACGAUCGGACGAUCCAGUACGACGACGUCGUCGCGCUGUUGAGCCAGGCAAGGGCGUGUGCUAUCCCCGAGACGGAGCAGCUGGUCCAGGAGUUGGUGGAGAGGGAAAGGCGAGGGCGGAUCUGGAAGUCUACCUCGGAGCAGCUCUUGGCGUCUCGGUCGAUCCACCUCGCCGAUGUCGAAGCCCUUAUCGAAGGCCAGGAGUUGACGCCGACCAAGCUGGAUACUAUGCUUCAGCUGGAAACCAUUCGGAAAACGGCGGUCAAUUGGCAGACGUCGGCGCAAGCCUUUUUGGCGGGCAACGGGACUGCCACGGCGGCACUGCGUCUCUGCAAGAACGUCAAGGCCGCACAGGGUCCGAUCGGGCGGGUGGUCAUACCGGAAAUGACCGACCUGCAGGCGGAGCUCGACUUCCACGCGGACUGGCUCAAGGCGCUCGCCGCUCUGGUCUCGGAACAGCCCAACAAGGUCACCCAGCAGCUCAACUGGAUCCUCGGGGAGAUCAAGGGCCACUUGGACCCAUCCGACGACCUGCCCAAUGACGCGCACGCCUGCUUCUGCCGGAAUCCCGCGACGGCGGUCAUGGUUACGUGUGAGACGUGCUUGGGGAUCUACCACCCCAAGUGCCUCGACAUCGCGCCCAAGAACGCCGCUAUACCCGUCAAGUGUCCGAUGUGCUUGCGGGGUACGUACGACGAUCGGCCGUCCCUCAAUAGCUUGGCCAUGCUGAGCGACCCGUCCAAGUGGAACUUUAUCCUCGUCCCCGCCGAGAUGGCUACACUUCGGGCGAUCCUCGAGAAGGGAGUCGAGUUCAGCAGACUGAUUAUCCCCCUCGUCUCACCCUACACCAACGGCUCGCCCGGUCCGGACCCAGCGCUCAUCACCCAUUGCGCACGCAAGCUCUUCACGCUCCCCAUCGCCCUCGAUGCCGUCAAUACAAAGACGAACGAGAGAGUCGUCUUUGAGGACUGGCUCUUCAAGGGGAUGCGGGAAGCUCGGCAGCCUCCGCCGGCGGCAGCGGCGAAGCGGUCAAAUCGUCCUCGUCGUGCCAAGCUGGUAUUGGCGGAAAGCAAGGAGAAGGAGUUUUCGUGCAUCUGCGACUCUCCGCCGGUGGACCAGCUCCUUCAGGUCAGGUGUGGGCGGUGCGAGCAGGGAUACCACCUGUCUUGUAAGACCUGGCGGUGCCCAUGCUGUGCGGUCAAGGAGGGGAAGCUGUAUCUGAAGAAUGUCGAGUUGCGCGUGCAGGACGCAGCGCAUGACGGUACCAAUGUCUUCAUCGACUAUCGCCAGACCGUUGCCAGCUUUGUCGAUCAACCCAUCUACAUCAAGCUUCCGCCCAACCGCUGCAUCCUCCUCCACUGCACCGAAUUCAUACCCGCCAUCAAACCCGAUGGCAAGCCGAAUGGGGCGAUCGAGGAGCUGGACGAGGAAGGUCGUCCGCGCAAGAAGACGCGAGUAGAUGGCAUGAAUGGCGAUGGGUCUCAUGCGGGUUGGCGGGGAGACGGGGAGGACGGAAGAGUCGCUGCCAACGGGUAUCACCCCAUGACGCUCCCCAGCCACAGCCGACCAACUAUCCCCCUCGAAGCCGCCCUGCAGGCCGUGCAGGCUCAUCGACCGGUCGACGUGUACCGUCCAGCCCGUCGGAGUCCGUCGUCCGGCCCAUUCUCUGCCCGCUCGCCAUUGGUCCACAACAAUCAGCCCCACACAGCCAGCCAAUCCUGGGCUCCCUCGCCCCCUCCACCACAACAUCAACCCUCGCCCAUGGACUCGCCGAGGGGUUCCUCCAGACUCCAACCCUCUUCUUCCUUCACGUCCAACUUCCCGAGGUCCACCCCGACGGUCAGCUCCAGCUGGCGUCCUCCCUCGGCGGCGGCCUCGCAGUCGAUGCCAAAUGGCGGCUCAGCCGCACGGCUUGCGGUCUCUUCUUCCUCGGGCAGGCCAAGGUCCCCUAUCGACCUCACUGCUAGUUCGCCCGCGGGCACGCCGGUCCUCCCAGUCCGGUCGGGCGAUCUGUCCAGCGUUCGUCGGUAG